CAUAUUUUGAGAUGAUCCCGCAACAUCAUGUGACUUGGUCAAGAUGGCAGAUGACGAAGCCACCGCAACAAAACUUUUUGGACUCCUGAAUGGCAUUGCUAAGCGAGAUUAUCUUGGGAUAGGAGAGAUCACUGAUGAAUAUAUGAAAGAAGAACUCUUUGCAGAUAUUUCUAACGAAGAAUUCACGACUUUGGUCACCAAAUGCAAAAGCUUGAUCAAGAAUGUUGUCUCGAUUGACAUGGAUUUCAACCAGCUUGAGGCCUUCUUAACAUCGCAAAUGAAAAAGAAAGAAGGUGGGAUAUCUCAAGCACAAGCAACAGCUUUUACAAAGUUUUGGAGAAACAACAGAUCGAAAAUACAUGAAAAAGUGGUUUCACAGUCAAUAUUUGGAAACACGCUAAAAGAUGUCAGUUGGAGAAUCGAUAUAAAGAGCCAAGCCAAACAUAUAGACCAAAUCAAUAUGCCAACUGCAAUUGUAGAACUCAAACUGGCAGAUAAUAGUCAUAUAGAUAAGGAUCCCGAUCAUCUUCGGUUUGAGAUGGACGAGAAUCAACUCAACCAAGUUAUUGGAAAUCUGGAGGAGAUAGAGAAACAGAUCAUUGCUCACUGCCAAUAGAUUACAGUCUUGCCGAAACUCAUUCAUUAUGAAGGAGAAAGAAAAUGUUACAUGUAUUUUAAAGUAAUUUCAUAUCAAAAGUUAUUUUAUUCCUUUAAGUAAUGAUAACACAAAACGGCAUCAUGUAUACUUUUUGUGGAACAUACAUUAAGAUAAUGCCUUACGCAGAUAAUUUGACAACCUACCGUAGAAUCGAAGCUGAGA